AGAGGCGGAAGCGGCGGCGCCGAGGCCGGGCGGCGGCGGCGAGAGGUGCUGAAGAUGGCAGGUAGCUCAACUCCUUGGAUUGGCAGUGCUUACCUCUUCCUUCAGUCAACGUGCAAGACUAUCAUUCUGCCAAAUCUCUAUGAAAGCGCCCAGAAGAAGCCCUGCGUGUUCAAGGCACUGAAGCUGGCAUUAGCAGACUCCACCGGCAGCAUGAAUGGUGUGGACGUGCUCAAAGUGCACUGCAGCCACCCACACCUGAUAGUGCAGCUCAAAUUCUGCAAGCAGGAGAACUGCCGCCGCUUCCUGCAGAGUUACCGGGAAGGAGAGCUCCAGAAGUCCCUCCAGAACCACCUCCAGCUCUCCUUGGCCAUGACCACGGUGCCUCUAGAAAUGGAGCUGAAGGCUGGCAAUGAGCACCUGGACAGCAUGCUGAAGGAUGAGGAUCGCUGCCUGGAGUGCAUCUACAGAGAAAAGCCUGACCGCCUGCGGGACGAGGAGAUCACGGAGCUGGAGGAACGCCUCAAGAGCCUGAUUCUUCACCAGAACAUCAACAACAACAUGCCUUCCAAGGACUGCAUGUCACUGAACUCCCCAUCUCUACCUUCUCAAGGCAGCUCCCUUUCCCCACAGGUCACAUUUCUUUUUCAGGGACAGCAGUUUGACAACAGAACGCUCACACCAGAUGACCACCAGAAGUUUGCCAAGCUUGUGUCCAAGAAGUGGAAGCAAGUGGGUCGCUCUUUGCAGAAGAACUGCCGGGCCCUGCGAGAUCCUGUCAUUGAUAACCUGGCUCACGAAUACGACCGAGAGGGACUUUAUGAACAAGCCUAUCAGAUGCUUCUCCGAUUUAUCCAGUCGGAGGGGAAGAAGGCAACAAUAGCACGACUGAUUGCAGCCCUGGAAGAAAAUGGUCUCACCAGCUUGUCUGAGGAGCUCUUGGGCCUCCAUUCCAAUGAGGAUGACUCCUAGAGCCCAAAGGGUAGUGGCAUUGCUGAGGGCUUUCUUGCUUUAGCUAGUGUAUGAGACUGCUGCCAGCAUCUGGGAAUGUAAAGCCUUGAAAAUCACUGCAGGUUUACGUGCUGAAGGGAGUGCCCUGGGCAGUUUCUGUGGUCCCAGAAGCCAACAUGGGGCUCUGAUGUUCCUUAUUUCUUUCUGUUUCCAGAAGUCGAUGUUACUUUCCUGUGAACCACUGAGAGAGGCUUUCAGCCUGACUUCCUUCUGGACUGAAAUGUCACAGAGAAGCAGCCAGGCAAGUUAACGAGCCCCAGGGGAAGGUGGGAAGAGGUGAAAAGCAAGGAAGCAUCUCAGAGAAUUUCCUUGGGAAGCAAAGCCAGUGUUCCUCAGAUGUGGCCCAGGGCCAUCACCUGGAGAGCUGCAAUAUAUUUUCUUAUAUCAACAUUUAUGCCUUUAGGCAUGAAACUAUGUAAAGACAAGGGAAAAGUCAAGUUUAUAUUGUUUUCUUUGUUCUUCAAAUGAAGACCAUCUGCGGCAAGUACACCUGUCCUGCUCUACCCCAGUGUAGUUCCUUCCCACAUCUCACCACAUGAAGGUUCCCCUUUACCUAAGGUAGUCAUCAUCUUCCACAGAGCACAAGAUUGCUGCUGUAGAACAGACUUCAGGCACUGAACAAACAGUGUGGAUAAGCACAAAUUCAGAGGAUGACUCCCAACUCUUUCAGGACCGUGGUGUACAAUAACAUAUUGACUGCCUCACGUCUAGCACUUCCCACCAGCCUGGAGGAGAUUGUAUCUGUGAAAAGGAAAACACAGUGCUGCAAGAAAAAUAUACAGCCUUAGAGUGAGCAAGUUACCUACAGGUCACUGAACUGCUGGAACAGCUGCUGUAUGGUGCAUUGCAGCAUCAAAUACCAGCCAGACUCCUCUGAGCAAGCCUCUCCAACCACCUGGCUGCCAGUGCCUUUGCUCAACCUCUCCUUGGCCUGCUGAGUUCUCUGGAGAGGGUUGCUUGCUCGUGCAUCAUGAGUGUCAGGAUUUGCACAGAGUCCUUCUGAUAACAACAGUGUUGUUGCUGUGUGACACUUGGGCAUCAAAUCCUGUGCCUGGACCUACUUGCCUUGCUUUUGAGGUCAAACUAUUCCUUACAAGAGAAAGUGUGCAAAACUCAGGGCUGAUUCCUGCUUUCAGUUCCAGUGGAAUAAGCCUGCUAUCUCCUGGUGUGUUGAUACAGGCUGCAACAGAGCAGAGCCUUUACCUAUACCAAAGUACGGAGCAACAAGUUUUUAGCAUGACUCAGGUCCCAUAAAGCACAACAGCCAGCUUUGACAUAUUCCUUACUUUUUACUGAUAUGUUUUUACUUAGGCGUCUCUGUUAAUUCUCUCCCUCUUUGACUUUCCCACCCAUGGGAAGGAACAGCCAGUGGGUCUUGGAAGUUAUGUCAGACAGAGAGGGAAGAAUGUUUUCCAUGUCCUGUCCUCUCCCUUCCAGCAGUACCAGCUCUCUCCCCAAAGAAAAUGAGUAUCUCUGCCAUGUUUCCUUUUGGGACCAGCACAGUGAUGCUGGUCUUUGUUAGUUAAGCUGCAGUGGGACUGUACCUCAGAGCAUUUAGCUUUUUUCCCUGGCUGGGGAGCUCUGUUUGGCAGCAGCCCACCUGGCUAAUGGUAUUAAAAAAAAAAUCAGAAACUUGAAAGUUACUUUAAGGGCAACAGUGUUUGCUCUUUAUUUUGCAACAAAUGACUUUUCAGAAAACACCAACUAUGCAUGGUCUGCUGCCUCACUGGUAGUGAAUAUUUCUAAGUUCUCAGCCCAUUCAUGUGCUCAGUGUUCAUACAAUUAUAAGGCAGUGGUCCAUUGGUGUAUAAAAGCUUUUAUAUCAUCUCUUAGUGCUCAAAAUGAGAAAUGCUCAUUCUUCAGCAUUGACUUCAAGUACAAGAACUUUCUUUGCUGAUAUUACAGAGCACUAAGCAUGAACGCUUUUUUCUUUCUUUUUUUUUUUUUUAAUGCAAGCUUUGUGCAUUUUAUUCCUCUGUUAGCAAUUGGCCUGCAUGUUUUCUCUUACUCACAGAUCCCCUCCCAAAAGUGCCAUUAAGUGCUGGAGCACCUGGCUCCUUCUUUUCAGAAAUCAGGUACAGCAGUAUGUUAUGUGCAAUGCACAUUUGAUUCUGGUCUCAAGCAGACUCCUUCCUGCUAAGAGAGUUGGGGUUUGUUUGUAUCAUUUGGCACAAACAUAGAUAGAGGCAAUUUUCACAGAUGCCAGAUGAUGAAAUAGACAAAUUAUAGGAUGUGACAACCCGGAGUCAUUUGCAUUGAAUUGACAUGUGGUUCAGACAUGGCUCUGGACUUGGGCCUGUUUUAUCCAGAAGAUUUUAUAGCUGUUUUGCACCAGCGUGCCAGGACAAGGGGACUUACAGCACACAGGACAGGAAGGAGCACUCACAAACAAAAAACAUUAGCAGAGGUUUGUGGAAUAAAUUAGAGUCUUUACCUGUGAUAGCAAUGCAGGGAGUGAAACCAGAGGAAAAGUUACACGUUGGGGAUACUUGCUGGAAAGCUGGCACUCGGUGCUGGACGCUGGCUUUCUUCCUUUCCUGGGCAAAGUGGUUGCACAGUGCCCCUACUCAGGUGCCAAGACAUGUGUGUGACCCUCCCUUAGUACUACAUAUACUGAUCAGCGGACAUCUAGCGUGUGAGAUAGGCUGAGAGCAGAGCUGCACCUGUGGCCCAGUGGCCACAUCCCAUGACAGCUCUUCCCUAUGUGUAGAUAUGCCUGAAAAAAAUACUGUUGGGGGAGGCAAUCAAACACGCAUCAAACCAGCACAUGAUAUUAAAAGCAAAUGAAGAUAGUGAUCAGAUCUAUGUAACAAAUGGAAUGAUAGACAAAAAAUAAGCAGCAGAAACCAGGCCAAAACAUGCAUCCAGGGAGGGAUCCAAGAGGGCUUUUGUUGUGGUGCAGACUGUUUCUGUGGUUUUAGCAGUGUUUCAGGUUUGAAGGAGGCUCCUUUCAGUCUGCCAGAAGGAAUAAAAAUGCAUCCAAAGGAGGAUUUGAGCAAGCUGUUUUGGCACAGUGGAGCUACAGCUGGACAGCAAGAGGGAGUGAAAGUCAAAAUGUGCAGACUUUCACGUGAGGUUUCUCAGAAGGUAAACAGAGGGAGCACCCAUGUGUAAAACAGGCACAAAGGAAAGUAUCAGACUGCCCUGCAGCACAGAGCCAGCCAAAGACCAGCAUUGGGCCUCUUGGAUGCUGGUGAAGAAUACACCAUGGGUUUUAAUAUACUGUUGAAAAAGACUGUGCAUCAUCCCAGCUAAUUAAUCAAAGCAGGGGCAGGGAAGGUGCUGUCCGCCAGCUUUAGUUCUUAGAAGCUGCAGCUGCCUACGGAUGAGCUGACGCAAAAAGGACAGGGUUUUGGUGUUGGUGAUUGGAAGCGUUGGAAAAUCAUGAGCCAGAUUGAAAAGAAAUAAUAAAAUUUACUUCCAGUUUUUCACAGCAAGUCAAAUUAAAAACAAAUGCCAAUUGACUGCUUGCAGCAAUGCUUUCCAGGGCUCCAUGCAGUUGCAGAUGCAGAUACAUGGAUUAUUUUUAAUGCAGAAUGGGAUGCUCAUGUCUGGGCACUGCAGUACAGAACCUCAGAUGAGCCUCCAAUUAAAAUGGUUUGCUGAAGUUUCGUAGGAAGUCUCAGUACUGUAUCUGUUUCUCAACCUAGGGGAAACUGCAGCAGAAAAUAAUGUCUUCUGCAUUGCCAUCAAGAUCUGGACAACGUUAAGAUCAAAAGGUGUGUAGGCUGAGGGAAACCACCUGCUUGGGGAAGUCAUAGGUUCCUGGGGAGGGAGCUGCUCCAGCAAAAGGUCUUCUUGUGUGAAGAAAUUGUGUUUUUUUCCCUUUUUGCCAUUCAUUGAAAAAUCUGCUUCAGCACUGCGGAGAAGUCCCACUGCCAGGGUCAGCUCUGCCUUUACAGAGAUACCUCAGAGCAGGAACCUAACAUGGCACACAAGGCACUGAGGGACCCCAAACUCACUUGUUUAGUUUAACUGAAACUUCAUACAUAGCUAUGAACCUCUGGCACUGCACAUCUGAAUCCAAGGCAGUACUGGAAUGGGUAUGGAGAGGGUUUCUUCACUCUGCCCACACAUCGGGGCAGACAAGUGGGGUUGGUGAGGUGCUCUGCUUCCCAGGGCUGGGUCUGGCCAUUUGGCUUUUGCACAGCAAUGGGCCCAACUGGUGAGGCAAUUUUUAAGGCCUGAGGUAAAAAAAAAUUACACCUUUUUUUUCUUCUCUGGAUUUCACUGGGAUUGAACUUUUAAAGCCAGUGAAGGAGUUUGGCCAGAAAUUUCUAAUUAAAAUCAGUUGGAGAUCUGUGGUCAGGUCCCUUAGUCAUCAGUGGAAAAAUCCCCUGCUGACCUUCUACUUCCAAAUUUCCACAAUAUGCAGCAUCAGAUCGGGAUCAGCAUCUGCAGCUGUGGGCUGCAAAGCCACGCGUACUCAGGUCUGGGACAUUCAGCCUCCACGGUAUUGUCUUCUGUAAAAAAUAAAUAAAUAAAUAAAAGCACUUUGGUCUAUUUUUCCAUUCUUUUAUAAAUAAACAUAUACUUUUGUCAAAAAGA